CUGAGAGAGACACACACGUCUACCUACCUACCAACCUACAGCACUGCAACUUUCUAUACUGGAGAGACACACACAUCGUCACGGCUACAGAGGACAGGAGGACAGGAGGACAGGAGGACAGGACAGUGGGAAGCCAGAGAGACCAAAUAUUUUAAAUGGCCAACACCGUAACGUUGCUGUGCUGCGUGGUGCUAGCUGCUGUGGUGGUGGCGUACGCUCAGAGACGCAGCCAGACAGGAGCCAGUAUUCAGUAUGAGCGUAUGGGAGGAGACGUGACCAUGCAGUGUGGCUCUCUGGAUAGCGAGGCCAGCGUGACGUGGAAGGUGAACGGGACGGACGUGACGGCACGCCACCGGGAGGAGGGGUCUAGGCUUAUACUGAUGGAGGUGGACCUCUCAAACAACGGACUCUACACCUGCUUCCAGAACCCCAAUGGAGAACGACGGGACCAAAUCAACCUACGUAUCGGAACCUCCCCUAGGGAACCCACGGUGAUGUGUCGAUCCAACACCUACCCUAAAGGCUUCUACUGUAGCUGGCACCUGCAGCACCCCACCUCCAUACCCACAGACUUCCACGUCAACGUCCAACACAACCAGAAGUCCCUAGAAGUAACGAGGGAUACGGUCCAUAAGAACCGCUGUCACGUUAAGUUCCCUGAGGUGUUCAGUAGCUACCCCUACAGAGUCAACGUCACGGCCGUCAACGCCCUCGGACGUGCAUCCACCGCCAUCACCUUCGAAGAGUUCAACAUAGUGAAGCCAGACCCCCCUGAAAAGGUGGUGGCCACGCCCAUACCCAACAACGUGCGUCGUCUGGAGGUCACCUGGAAUAGCCCUUCUACCUGGCCAGAUGUAGAGAGCUUCCCCCUGAAGUACUUCCUACGAUACAGGCCCCUCAUCAGGGACCAAUGGCAACACGUGGAGUUGUCCGACAGUACGUUCCACACCAUAACCGAUGCUUAUGCAGGGAAGGAGUACAUCAUCCAGGUGGCGGCUAAGGACACAGAGAUCGGCACCUGGAGUGACUGGAGCGUCGCGGUGCACGCCACCCCGUGGAUAGACGAACCCAAACAGAUCCCCUCCACCACCGAUCAGGAGCCCCUCUUUGACACCACCCCGUCCCCGGCCCCUCCCUCAGCAGAACCCCAUAGGGCGGGCGUCCCAGUGGGCGGUGCUUCCUCGCACCUCUGCGUCAUCUCACCCCUCCUCUGGUACACCUGCUAUCUGCUGCUAUGGGGCCCUAAUUUGAUGUAAAUGUUUAAUUCCUGUGGAAGAAAUUAAGGAGAGUCUUCUAUUUCUCUGCACAUGUUACUGGACAUCAUCCAUUGAUCAUUUAAUUCAAGUUUCACACAACGUUAAGUAGAAAAUAAACAGAGAUUAUGAAGUCAAAGUUAAAAAGAUCAAUUAAAAAAAACAUCAACAACUUCUCCCAACAACAACAAUAACAACAACAACAACAACAACAACAACAACAACAGGUACUAACAGACAGCAUAGCUACAGAGCUAUACAGAUACAGAUAUCAUUGAUUGAUUGAUUACCAUGGACUCCAACACAGAAACAGGACUGUCUCCAGGGAAGCUCAAGGUUUGUUUGUGGAUCUGAGACUGAUGAGACUUCUGCUGGGAAGCACAAACGACUGAUUUCAUUCUCCAUCUUUUAUUUUGUUUUAAUUGAUUGUUUUGUAAACAUUUUUAUUCAUUAUCCAGUGAUAUUUGAGAUUUGAUAUUUGAGAUCCCUUCUUUGUCAUUAUUUGCAGUGACAUACAGCUAACUCAUCAUGCCAAAGACUUGUCUUGGAGAAGUUUUCCCCCAAUCCUUAGCUUCCUGAAGCCUGUGCCUGUGUAGAAAGGAUGGAACCAGGAGUAUUUGGUAACUCCAGGAAUCUGCAUCUGACCGACCGACAACAAAUUGUCACAACAAAAACAACAACAAAACAGAGAACUAACUAACAUUAUGGAGAAAUCCUGAAUAAGCCUUCUUGACCUGUUAUUGGUUUGUUUUGUGUUCUGCUUUACUCAGCGAUCACCAAGAGAGUUGAGCUGUGAAAUCACUGAUUGGGACAUUUCUAUUUAGGAACUACAGUAGAGAUCCAUAUUUUAGGCCCUCAGAGCUCACACACACACACACACACACACACACACACACACACACACACACACA